CGCGCGCGCGCGCGCCGGCCGGCGACAAAAACGCACACGUAACCGUACGCGGAUGACCGAGAGUCGUGUUGUGCGCGCGCCCCCAAUUGACAAACCGUGUUGCGUAACGCGUGGUGCGUGAAACGUGGUGCGUGUUGCGUGGUGCGUGGUGCGUGGUGCGUAGUGCGCGGAACGUGGCGAGUGCAGUGCGUAUUAUACAGCGUGGUGCAUGCGGCCGGUCGCGUGUGGUAUGAACCACGCGUAGCCGCGACCGCAGCGGUCGCGCCGUCGUCGGACCGGACCGCUGCCGGUGGGGUGACCGCGACUGCGGUUGUGCGACGCAGGCAUGGAAAGAAAACGGAGCGGCCGGCGGUACUACAACAAGCGGAAAAAGACGUGGACGCAACAGUGCAAGGACUACCUGCGGCAGUUCAUAGCGUUCCUGUUCAGCAACAUCGGCAUCAUUUGUCUGGUGGUGGGUUACACGAUCGCCGGCGCGUUCAUAUUCAUCGUCAUCGAGGGCGCGCCCGGCAACGCGAUCGCCGUCAUCGACCGGGUGGGCGCGAACCGCAGCGGCACGGCCGACCGGAUCUGGGACAUGGUGUGCUGCAACGCGUACUGCGAAGACGAGUGGAAGCAAGAAGUUCAGGUGCACCUCCGGUCCUUCCAGAGCCACGUCAUCGAGGCGGUCCGCAACUUCAGCUACGAGGGUCCCAACAAGCAGAUGACCCGUUGGUCGUUUUCCGGAUCGUUCCUCUACUCGCUGUCCGUCAUCACCACCAUAGGCUAUGGAAACGUGACUCCGCGGACGCUAAUGGGCAAACUGGUUACCAUAUUGUACGCGAUAGUGGGCAUGCCGUUGUUUCUGUUGUACCUGUCCAACAUCGGCGACAUACUGGCCAAGAGCUUCAAGUGGAUAUACGCGAAAUGCUGCCUUUGCCGGAACUGCAAGAAACGCCGAAAACGCAUGUUGGCCAUACAGCGAAAGGAACAGUGGAAGAUGGAUAUGCGAGACUUCAAACUGAACACCGGCGUGCUUACUGAAGGUGAGGAGAGCGACGACGAGGGCACGACCGACGGAAGUUCCUCGUUAAGCUUCAACGACACGCAAGAGGUUACCGUGCCCAUCCUUUUGUGUCUAUUCAUAAUGGUCGGGUACGUAUCUGGAGGCGCCAUACUGUUCUCAAAAUGGGAGUCCUGGGAGUUUUUCGACGGGUCAUAUUUCUGUUUCAUAUCGCUGAGCACCAUCGGAUUCGGCGACUUCGUUCCAGGUAACAGCAUCACCGGCCCUGGCACUGAAACCAGCCCUGGCACUGGCACUAAUCCCAGUACUGGAACAUUUACCGGAUUCCGUACUAGCUCCGGUACCGUCAUCGAGCUCAGCUUCAUACUAUGUUCCAUGUACCUGAUGCUGGGUAUGGCGCUGAUCGCCAUGUGCUUCAAUCUGAUGCAACAGGACGUCGUGAUGAAAAUCCGCACGUGCACGGACAUUUUACGGAGGAUCAGCAGGUGUAAAAAUUGAUGCACGUACCGUACUGCUAGUGACGUAACCACAAUCGUGGCGCAACGUUGAGCGUAAAUCGCGAUUAUAAAGUUGUAAGAUUGUAUAAAUUGACGUAUAACCCGUCCAGUUUAUUUGGACACAUGGAAAAACAAGAUGAGAUAUUAAAAAAAUAUAUCAAUUCAAAAAUUACAAUAUUUUUUUUUCAAUAUUAUAAAGUUUUUGGACCAAUGUUUUUUUUUAAAAAAAUAUAUUAACGAUUUUCAAGUUACGAGAUGAACUGGAUAGGUUAUACGUGGUUUAAAAUACAAUCACGUGGUUUCUAAACCGAACAAAGAUCGGUAGUCGUAUUCAGCAGUACUCGGCUGACUCGAUGUUAGGUACACGUCACCGUCGAGUUUUGACCGAAUGGUGUAUGCAAUUUUUCCUGCCAUACCCGCGUGUUCUCGGUCGCCAACAGAAACGAAACGGAUGCCGAUUAUGUUUAACGCAAUUUUUUAUUAUACUAUUUUUAGAUUUUUGUAAUGUAUUUUAUCUCAUAUUUUUCUCCCGUUUUGUUUUUUCCACUUAUCCCGUUUGUGUAAAUAAAAGUCAUUAUGUUUUACUUUAUGAGUUGGGUUUUAGUUUGCCGCGAGAUAUUAACAGUCUGACCAGCGUACUUUGAAACAGAAACACAUUUAUCUUACCGUCAUAGAACAGGUAAUCUCGUACACGCACUUCUGCCACGGUAAAACCAUGCGGUUUUCAUUUUCUCCGUAUUUCCGCAGUCUUGUCUAAAGUCUACCCUUGUAUAUGUUAUUAUUAUUAUUAUAAUAAUAUUUCCGUGUAUAAUUCAUUACUAGAAAAUACGUUAUUAAGUGAGCUGCCGGUCCCGAAUGUGUACAAUUCGUGUGCAUGACAAAACAGAAGACAUUUCGCUUGUCUCAAACACCGACCAAAAUUACAAUACAAUUAUUAUUAACUGCGAUAAUAUAUUAUGCAUUUAUUAUGUACACUUGUAAAUCUAUUACGAAUUAAGAUAUUGUAUCGUUAUAUAUUAUGAUUUUCGAUACUUAUUAAACCUUAUCCAUAUUAUAUUACA